GGUCAAGAUAUUGAGCAUCCUAUUCUCCCAGAGCUGCUCGUCCAUUUUGUGAUAUACCUUGAACUCGACAUUCAACGUCCUCAGCAUACCCACUUGUAUCGCAUUAUUUGAAAACUCGAUAUCCAGUCAUCAGACACCCGCCUGAAUACAAACCUCACACCAAAUUUUCAAAUGCCUGCCUCAGUAGCAUCCGCACCGGUGAACCGCACGUCCGCCAAAACCGCCGCCUCGCGCCCCAAGAAGGCUGCUUCGACCACGGGAAAGAAGACACAGAGCAACGCUAACGGCGCGGCAAACGGUCUGCAGCAACACGCAUCGCCCUACACAAUCAUGGCAUCGAGAAUUGCAAACCGUGUCGCUGAGAUGGCCGAGAACAUGACUUUUGUUGAACGUGAAAGGACACCGUCUCAGUCAGAGCAGAAGCCAGUCGAGCAGAGACCUGUGCAAAAGAAGCCCCCCAGGAAACUCGAGAUGCGCUUGCCGAACUCCGGUCAAUCGCCGACCAACAUCAUGUUCUCUGCUCCAUUCCUUGAUAACACACUGUCGAAGCUGCUCGCACUCCAGAACCGCAUGUUGACGGUAUCCAAUGACAUCGCUGCGAGCGAAGACGUCGAUGAAAAGACGAAGCAGGAGCAAUUCGCACAGAGCGCAGAACUGAGCAGGAUCAUUGCGCUGAUCUGUUCGGAGAAGGCUAGGCAGGGUGCUUGAGUCGCCUGAGCUCAGGCUGAAGGAUACUUAUCUUACGAGAUCUGAGAACAUAUGAUGGAUGCUUUGUAUGGUGUUGAGGAGUGUCUGCCUUUGGGCUGGAAUAUGGGGCUUUGUAUGAUUAUGAUGGCAGUCAGGAGUAUUCCCAACGAGUGAACGUCCGAAAAUUCGGUUCCAUGAAACGUAAGAAAAGCUUUGUUUUACGGUCAAGCUUUGACAUAGCCCUUUAUCUCCGCUUUGU